GACAGGCUCCUCCUUUUUCUUGGUAACAGAAAAACAUUAAUGGCGGCUAGUAGCUCGGGAACAAAUGUAGACGAGAAAAGGAAACUUUUAAAUGAAUGGCUCACUCACUUGGAUGAAGCUAACAGUAAGAGACAAUGGGGACAAGUAGUAGAAGCGGCUCAGCAUUACACCAGGAUUGCUAGGCAAAUGAGAGAUUACACCUCACAGGAAUCUUUUACUUUCAGUGACCAUGAAAAGCGUUAUUUGCAACAAGCAAAACAAGAUUUGCAUGACCAGGCAGUCACACUUCGGGAUUUUGCUGCAAGCAAGGAUCAUGAUAGCAAGAUAAUAGACAACAUCAAACAAGUUUUAAUGAGUUUAAGUAUUGAAACCGUUCCUAAAGGACUUCCGACACUGGUUCCUUUGUCACGAUUAAGCAUUGUUGUUGAACGAAUUGGACUAAAAAAUGCAGCACAACACUCUCAACCUUUCAUCAAGAUAUCUGUACUUUCACAGGAAGGUACACCAAUCGAGGAUACAUAUGAGACGCCAUAUUCAUCAAAUUUUGAAAAAGAUUACAUUAUUUUUAAUUGCAAUCCAAUCAAAUUAAAGACUCCAAUGUCACAAUUACCUACAGGAUGUGCCAUAUUUUUUGAACUCUGUCAUUAUAAGCACAGCAAGAGAAAGACAAGCACCAAAUGUUUUGCUUUUAUGGAGCAAGAUGAAGUGAAGCAAGGACCAAUAGCACUUGAAAUUUAUAAAAAACCUACUGAUGUUACUCGAAAGAAACUCAAUCUUCUGACUAGGAAAGAGCUUUAUCUUCAUUUAACAUUAUCAUUUUUUUACUAGUAUUUAUUUUUAUUCUUGUAUUAUUAUUAUUAUUAUUAUUAUUAUUAUUAUUAUUAAUCUAAUUAAUUCGCCACUCCAUAAGAAGGUGGGGCUGGUCAUAUCUCAA